UACAAACAACAGUAUAAAUGCUGUCUGUCCGGAUGUCAACUAGAUCAGGAGCACACCUCUGUGAAGUUUUUCAAGGAGUUGUCAAGUACGGGGAGGACAGGUGUGGUGAAAUCGUCCUGGAGUGUGGAAACCGUCCAGGAGUGUGGAAACCGUCCAGGAGUGUGGAAACCGUCCAGGAGUGUGGAAACAAGACCGCUGUGUGGGAAUUGCAUGGUGGUGUUGAGGGGUGUGCAUUGAGACGGAAAUGUUUGCCUGCUAUUUGCAUUAAUUAUUAAAGCCAACAAACCUCAGCUGGCACAACCCUUUGCGUACAAAAGCUAUAAAACUGAAGGUGGAUCAGUAAUGACAGAACUGAGUUAGGCAGCUAAACUAAAACAGCUUCACAAGUUACCUAAAACUCAGCCAUAAAAGGACUACUAGUAACUUGCUUUUUAAAAUCCUAGACACCAACCCUCGGGAGAAGGUCAAGAAGACCCUUCUGAUAAAAAACACGGAUAUGUGACAAGCAACAGGAGAAGACCCAUCUGAUAAAAACCACGGAUAUGUGACAAGCAACAGAACUAACAGUUGACUGUCAAGAGGACAGGUGCAAUGGUUCGUGUGUUCCUGAUAGAGCCAGUGGUUGGGGUGUACGCCUUCUCCAUGUUCAUGCUCUACCCACUGAUCCAGCAGUAUGUCUACAGGAGGCUCACCGGCGCCCCCUACCCUGCCCAGCUGAACCACACUCACUGCUCCGACAGCAGCAACAACGUCAGCUCCAUUCACCAGGUGGUCCAGAAGGAGGCGACUCUGUUCCUUCUCUACAGUGAGCUGUGCUUCCUCUUCCCCAGUCUCCUUUCCUCCCUGUUCCUUGUCUCCUAUAGUGACCACAAAGGCAGAAAGGUGGCUCUGUUGCCCCCCCUGGUGGGUGAGCUCUUCUUUGCAAUGAGCUACGCCACGGUUUCCCACCUUUCGCUUAGCCUGAGUUACCUGCUGGUGGCCUCCUUCAUGACCGGGGUUCUGGGGGGACCUCCAGCUCUGAUGGGGGCCAGCUUCGCCUACAUAGCUGACCUGUGUGAGGGGAAGGAGGAGGGUGCCAAGGGGGGUGGGGACGGGAGGAGGGCUGGAGAUGGAGGUGGGAGGCGUUACCAAUGUGAGGAAGAUGGGAAUGGGGAAGACUGGUAUCAGAAGCGUGGAGGGGGUAUGGGGGGAGACGAAGGGACAGUUGGAGGAAUGAGAGAGAGAGAUCUAGAGGUUAGAGGGGGCCGUUUAGCCAGAGACCUAGAGGUUAGAGGGGGCCGUUUAGCCAGAGACCUAGAGGUUAGAGGGGGCCAUUUAGCCAGAGACCUAGAGGUUAGAGGGGGCCGUUUAGCCAGAGACCUAGAGGUUAGAGGGGGCCGUUUAGCCAGAGACCUAGAGAGCGAUGGAAAAAGAGACGAAGAGGCUGCAGGGUGGGGUAAGGGUGGAGGUCGUACUGUGCGCAUGGCGGGCCUGGACAUGCUGUUGGGGGUUCUGUCGGGCCUGGCAUCUCUCUGUACCGGGUUCUACAUCCAGGCAGCUGGGUUUACCUUGCCAUUCAUCACUGCUGGGGUGCUGCAUCUGAUGAAUCUGCUGUACACGGCGGGGGUGCUUCAGGAAACUGUGGUUACACCUUCAUCAACCUCCCUGUCCUCAUCAGCACCCACACCUUUUGAGGGCAGGUCAGGCUACAUGCUCCAGCGAGAUGCACUGAUUGGUCGGUUGCAGGGUGUGUACCUGCUAUUCGCUGCGUCGUCGCAGAGAAGAAACACGGUCCUGGUUCUGAUGCUGGCAGCCUUCUCCCUCUAUAAGGUGUCUCUGCUGGGUGGAAUGUCCAUUUUCAUCCUGUAUGAGCUGAAUGCCCCUCUGUGUUGGAGCGAGGUGUUGGUGGGCUACGGUUCAGCCCUGACUACCCUCAUCUACCUGGCUAGCUUUGCUGGGGUCUUGCUGCUGUCCCGCUGGCUCAGGGACGGAUACACCAUUCUACUGGGGCUGCUGUCUGUGGCCUCAGGUUUGCUGAUGGCUGUCUUUGCCAAAGACACCCUGCUCAUGUUCCUCGUGCGACUGCCGCUUCUUCUGUCCAUCAUGCCCACUCCUGUCCUCAGGUCCAUGAUGUCAAAGAUAGUACUGAGCUCUGAACAGGGUGCCUUGUUCGCAUGUGUGGCCUUCGUGGAGAUGCUGAGUGUUGGAGUCGGCUUCACUGUGUCCAGUAGCGUCUAUGCUGCCACCGUUUCCUGGUUCUCUGGAUUCAGCUUCCUGCUGGCUUCAGCCUUGACCCUCAUACCUGCCAUUCUAAUUGGGGUCGUAAUGUGUCUGCGUCUGGACAAGGAGGAAGAGGCCAGGCGGCUGACAGCUGAGGAGGAUGGGAGCAGUGGCCAGUCACUACAGCUGGAACACACUGGAACAGCAGCUAGCUGAUAUCCUCUCUUGACUGCAAUAACCCCUUCCCUGUCCACCCAUUCUAUACCCUGUCCCCUCCUCUACCCGUUCUAUACCCUGUCCUCUCCUCUACCCUUUCUAUACCCUGUCCUCUCCUCUACCCGUUCUAUACCCUGUCCUCUCCUCUACCCG